UUGCUCCAAAUCUAUUUAUCAUUACAAUUUUUAACACCGUUCUGAACAUCAAGGCAUAUAAAAAACUGCUUGUAUUGAAAAAGUAAAAUUUCAACUCCUCCUGUUGGUAUGACGCUGGCAAGCUUGUUAAGGUUUAUUAUCACAUCAGUCUACGGAGCAGCACUACUAGUUCUGUACACCUAUGUGGUCAUCAUCAUCAUUGCACAUAAAAAGUCGGAAUCAUCGUUUCGGAGUUCGUUUUACAAACUGUUCAUUGUUGGCUUCUUCAUGAACAUGAUGACAUAUUUCAACAGUCUCAUAAGCCUUCGACUUCCGCAAAGCAAUGGAAUCAACGAAACUUUGUCAAACUUCUUCUUAACACACAACGAGCACAACAUGGAGGUGAUCUUUCCAGUUAAAGUGUUUCACUUUCUGCACUACUACUUUGCAUAUGCUCAGUACAUCUACAAUUUCUUCAUAUCCCUCAAUCGCUUCUCAUUGAUUACGAAUCCUAUAAAAUCGGAGCUCUUCUGGAGAAAACGAUUUUGGUGGUUUGUGUUUGCAAUUUUUGCAAUUCCAUGGGCUUUUGCUGUACCAAUUUUGGUGGGACGGUCUUACUACGUGUAUCAUUCACAUGGUGACUACUUUUUUCUAGAUACCACAAUAAAACGCUCGCUGAUCUAUACCAUUUUGGCACCAACGCUGUCCGUGAUAACUGCAAUGAAUAGCUUUUUGAAUUUCAUGUCAGUUCGCAAGGUUAUCAUUUUGAAGCUCUCCGGAGGAAGAGUCCCGGAAAAAAAUCUCUUGCAAAUGUCCUUUGUGAUUUUCUUCAUUGAUAUUUUUCUGGUUAUACUGACUUUGAUUAAAGCAAUAAUAAUUGCAUGUGGUUUAUCGUUCAAAUCGGAAUCGACGGACGAGAUUCUUAGUUGGAUCGUCAUUCUCAUUCCUUUCGCCAGCGACGCACUCACUCUCACACAACCGUUGCUGCUAUUGUUCUUCAGCAAAACUGUCCGAAGAUGUUGUAUUUGGCCAUUCCCGUGUUUGAAAUCACUCCGCUCUCACCGAUUGAUUGCCAGAAACAGUGUUUUAGUUGUUCGUCCAUUUGGAGCACCUACAAUCACAGGGUGA